GUUAUUUUGCUGUAUUCUUUGGGCUGGUUUAUUAUUUGAUUUACUUUCGCUGCAGUGUAUGGUGUUAUACCUGUUAGCCGGUGACUCUUCAAAACACAUUCUGUAUUACGGAAUAGCAUCAAUUUUUCUUUCUGUACAUCAUUGCAUAUUUGCACCAGGAGCAAAAUGGAUCAAUUGAGCACAAUCUUGUUGUCACGCCUGGAGAUUUUUACGGGUGAGGGUGGGCAAGAUUUGCAGUCUUGGCUGAGCCGUUUUGAAUUAUUGGUGGACAGGGAUGGCAAGGAUGGGGAGAAGGCUAGAUUCUUGCUGGGUCUACUGGGAGGCAAAGCGUUCGAAUACUGCGCUGGGUUACCAGAAAAGGUCAUCAAGGAUUAUACGCAGAUAAAACAGCAUCUUGUCGACAGAUUCGACACAAAAGUCAACGAGUCACACGCAUAUUCCGAGUUCACGCGGGCUUCUCGCGAACCGGGGGAGGCGGUUCAGGAUUUUGCAGAAAGGGUUCGAAAGUUGGCCCGUAAGGCUUAUCCGGAUCGAAUCAGUGCGGAGGCGAAUAGCCUGCAACAAUUUGUGUGCGGCUUAAAUGAACCAGGUUUACAAGCGAGGCUCCUCGGGAAGGGUCACUCAUCCCUGGAUGAGGCACUCAGCCACGCCCGUGACAUUCAGCGUCAGCACGCUGCGUUGGAGGCUAUGGGGGCGCGGGGCAGUGAUGGCGCCGCUCUUCCUGUGCGCAGUCGACCCGCUACCGAGGAGCAGGGGCUGCGGUUAUCUCCUCCGGGAGCAGACGAGCGUUUAGAUCAGAUCCAGAGGCAGGUGGAUGCCAUUCAGACAUCUCUUUCGCAAAUGGGCACUGCAUCGUUUACAACAGGUGCAGGUCCCAGUCGACCUGUGAGAUGCUGGAAAUGCGGGGCGCCCGGACACAUCCGUGUGAACUGUCCGCAACUGACCCGAGCCUCGGGGGCCGGGCGGGCCACAUCAGCGGGCACAUCAGCGUGCCAUCUAUGUGGCGUGGAGGGCCACUGGAUGGCGCGGUGCCCCCUGAGUGCGGGGAGACGCACAGGGCCCGGGCGGGGACCCACCAAUACAGAGUUCCGGCACGCCGAGGCUGGUAGGCCGGCGUUUUGCUAUUGCUGUGGAGCCGAGGGCCAUUGGAUGGCCCACUGUCCCCAACAUCCAGCGAGGGUGCGCGACUUCGCAGCUCCAGUGGAAGGAGUUUCCGCCAGGAAUUCGGAAAACUAGACGGAGUCGGUU